UUAUUUAGUGGAUGUUUAUAAAAUUUCAAAUUUCACUACCUACGUCAGUAUCUAAUUUAUUAUUGAUAGAGUUAAUACAAAAAAGAUAAAACGAAACAAAAACAAACAAAAUGCCGGUUACAAAUAACCACAGAACACAUAACUUUUUAAACAAUAACAAAUUUAUCAAGUGUCUGUUGAUUUUCAUCUCCUGUCUUCAGCCAGGAUAUGCAAUUCGGAUUAAGGAUUCAGCAUAUCAAGAUAUAAUAAUUGAUAUACGCGAAGCAGUUCCAGCUACUAUUUGCAAUGCAGUCCUUGAAAACUUGGAGAUAACGUUGAAGACAGCUUCAGAAUAUCUGUUUACAUCGCUAGAUGGAAGAGCCUAUUUUGGAAAUGUGAUUGUUAAUCUUCCAGAUACAUGGCCCGAUUCUUGUGUGCCGAACAAUGGGACUGUAUCAGUUUCACAAGGUGGACGUAGUGAUUUCACUAUCACUGCUACUAAUUUACUUUAUGGCGAUAAAAUUUGGACCCAACAAUCUGGGGGAUGUGGGGUUGAAGGUGAUCAGGUGUAUAUACCAUAUCACUCUUUGGAAGGUAAAAGUACGGGAAAGGAACUGGUUAAAGAAUGGGCCAAGUAUCGAUAUGGAAUAUUUGAUGAAAUCGGAUUCUACGAUGACAAGAUAUAUCCGCAGUGUUAUUUUACAGACUCACUGCAUGUGACUGGGUGUUCUGAUGGUUCUAUCAAGGAUGUUGGCCUUUGUAUGAAUCCAAAUCCUUAUGCUGACAUGGUUAAGACUCUAAACAAAACUGCUCGAACAAGCUUGAUGUAUGUCCCCCAAGGUGAGGGUGUAACAAUGUUUUGCGACGAAGGUACACAUGAUCGUUACGCCCCAACCAAGCACAAUCUUCUCUGCGAUCGCAAAAGCACAUUGGAAGUGAUACUACGCCAUGAAGAUUUUGCACCCUGGAAAUUAGCCACAGUCAGUUCCACAACUAUCACAAAUACAGUACCGAUCACACUCUAUAGGCGGCGCAAGACAACACGUUACGUUAUUGUCAUCGAUGAAACUCAGGAAAUUCUUGUACGCGAAUCAUGGAGUUUUCUUCGAAACGCCAUACGCAAAUGGGUUGUCUAUGAUCUAGAUCCGAGCAGUGAAGUGGGAAUUGUAUUAGCCGGAGGCACUCCAAGUAAUAAAAUUCUUCCAAUUACCAAAUUGGAUGUUCAAAAAAAUAGAGAUCUAGUGGCGUCGUUUGUUCCUUAUGCCCCAAGUGAUUCUAGACAAACAGCUUGUGUAGGUUGUGCUCUGCGAACAUCAUUGGAAAUGUUCGAAGAUCGUCAGAAAAAACAAGGCAAUGCUAGUCACAUUAUUGUUAUCUUAGCACCUGGAAUGGAUUUUGCUACUGAUUAUAGUGAAUUGGCGAGUGCUUGUGUUGGUGCAGCUGCACGAAUUGUGACUAUCAAUUUUCCUACCUUAGCCAGGCGCCAACCAUUGGAUAAGUUAGCGAUUCUAACAGGAGGAAUGUCUCUUACUAUACACGAAAAGAAAUACAACAGUGAGAAGAGCUAUCUAGACACCUAUUUCGAACUGGCUGAUGCUUUGUUUCAUGUGAGUCAGGAAUACCGUGAAGGCCCUGCCUACAAGACGACCGUAGAAAUUCACCGCAAGGAACUCGUUGAUGUAUCGAAUGAUUUCACUACCCAAGCAAAACGUGCCAGUCGCAUAGUCCAAGGAACUUUUUUCCUAGACGGAAAUAUGGGAAAUCCAUCGGGAUUCUUCAUCUACACUCACAAUGCUGAAACUCCAUUGAUUCAAAAUGUUCGUGUCACAAGUCCAUCUGGGGUAAUCUACAAUACUCGCAGCGAUCAACGCAUGCCAGUCAAACAGCUCACCCUAUUGGCCAAUAUCAAUGAGACUGGAGCCUGGGCUUAUAUGAUCGAACGUUUUAAUGGUAACCCCCAACCCCAUUUCGUCCAAGUCAUGGCCACUCCAGUUUCAGAAGAUGUCAACAUAGUCAGAGCUCGUUCGUGGAUCAGAGCGCUACAGCCGGGAGGUCCAUUCAUCGUCUAUUGUGAGGUUAAACGAGGUGACUAUCCAGUUUUGUCAGCUUUUGUCAAAGUCAAAAUCACCAGACCCGAUGUUACAUGCAAUUACACCAUUUGUGAAGACAGUUACAAACUUCUUGACACUGGCAGUGGUGACCCAGAUAUCAUCAAAGACGAUGGAAUCUAUUCACGCUAUGUGAACAUCAACACCGGUCCAGGAAUGUACAAGUUCGAGAUAUUCGUAGAUGACAAUGGAAAUACAGCGUACUCGUUGCAAGAUAACGCCGCCGUUCAAAAUAUCCCCUGCUGUGGCAGUUCGAUUCCAACCAAACAAACUCGACAAACUGUCCCGUUUCAACGUUACCUCACACCCUUGUCAUUCCAUUUGACCCGCGAAGAUAUCGAUUCAAUGAUAUACAUACCCCUCGGACGAAUCGGAGACUUGAUCAUAACCUAUUUGGAUGAGGGAAAAGUUCGAUUGACAUGGACCACCCCGGAUAUGGGUGGAGAGAGUGUAGCUCGCUACGAGAUCAAAUUCGCUUUCACAAUGGAGGACAUAGUAGAUCGCUAUGAGACAGCAGCAAUCAUGUGGAAUCAUGACACUCCGUAUCCUUACGAUGUUGGUGACAUUUGUAGUUUCAUCUUAGACAUCAAUUUAGAAGCGCGAUUAUUUGGCCAAGCCGUUUUCUUUGCUAUUCGGCCAUAUGCCAAGCUGGCUACAAAUGCUGUUGGUGGACCGAUUUCCAAUGCCGUUCGAACCUAUAUCCCCAAUAAAAUCGAACCCACUCCUCCUCCACCACCAAUGCCGCCAAUAAACUCCGAUUUCCAACCCGAAGAGAGUGAUUCCUUCGAACAUGAUGUCCCGCAAAAUAACACACUCAACGGCAGCAGUCAAAUUGAUAUGAAAGUCAUGUACUCGAUACCAAUCAUAGCUGGAACACUGUGCGUUUUACUACUAAUUGGAUUGUACUACUUUCUAUGUCGCAUUCGUCGUCGGCGGGAGAGAAAAGUUCAAAUCGCUCGACAACAAAUUCCAACCAAACAAGAUGGAAAUUCAAAUGAACUUCAACACAACGAUGACUCAAAUAGUGCGACAAAUUCCAAUCAAACUUUCUCCUCGCCCAAAAAUUCCACUUCAAAUUCGCCAAUUCACGUAUCAAAUGAAUCAUCAUCGAUACAUGCGACCACCACAACAACCAUCGUUCAUAAUUAUGCCACCCUCGAUACACCUGACCAUCAUAUUGUUGGCAUUCCCAUCUAUAAAAAUCAUGAUGAUAUGCAAAAAAAGCGUCUCUCGACUUCGGGUUCGUUUAAUGGCAUCACACAAAUUACUUCACAUGAUUAUCUUAUUGACGAGUCAAAGAUUCGACCACCGCCCACAGAGAUGGUCAAAAAUUCGGCACCCGGUUAUUACACAGCCAACUGCAGUAUUGGUGGUUUGAGCAUAAUUUCAGCUCACAGUGAAAAUGCAACACUUCCACGGCUUGGUGGUGGCGUGGGAGAACCUCAUCCGAUUUUGAGUCCAUAUGAAUCGUGGACUGCUUCGCAAUUACUCCACGAGCACGAAAGGCGAACAUCACCUCUCGAUGAGUUGAUGAAUCAAGUUAAUCUUAAGCACAAUAACCUUCAUUCGGUGGAUCAAGUCUCAAACAACAUAGAUGCUAUGUCCUUGAAUGGUAAUGGUGGUGGCCCACCACCUGUUCCACCAUUGCCCUAUGCUCCAGAUAUAUAUCAACAUUUUCAAUAUCCUUAUGUCUAUGGAACUAUGCCCAAACAACAACAGCAACAGCAUCAUGAUUCGAUGGCUGCUGCAACUUAUUGCACAAUUAUCCAUCCUUCCAACGAGCAGCAACAGUCAUCGAUGUCAUACAACAACCAUCAGCAACCGCUCUUGUCCAACAAUGGACUUGGCUUAGGUAUUGGGGGUUGCAAUGGUGGCCAAACGAAUUCGGGAGCUGACAAAAAACGACGCAAUGUUACUAUGGUUUAAAAUGCACAGCUUUAUUCCUUUUCAUAAUCAAGCCAAUGCCAUAUACAAAACUAUAGCUCUAGAUAGAAUAAAUCAUUUUAUUUCAAAAUUUUUACCAAAACUAUCAAUUAGCAAUAUCAUAUUAUUUAACCAAAUCUUUGCUGUACAUGCAACAAAGACAACGAUAUACAAAAAUUAAAAAAAAAAAAAAAA